AUGCAGCAUCGCCACGGCCACAGCGCCACUCUUUUCGAGGUGGACGGCAGGGGUUAUCUCGUCGUCGUGGGAGGAGGCAUAGGCAACAUCCUCGAGAACUGGGGAGUUCGUGACUUCGGAGACCUCGCUGUUCUAGAUUUGGACCCGAAUGGGUGGCGGUGGAUCGGACAUUACAU